AUGAUAAAUGACACAUUAAUUUUAUUAUUUGACCUGCUAAAUACUUGCUUGCAUCAGGAUGCAAUAGAUCCUACAAUUUAUGGUAUAAUUAAGAAGGAAGAGUGGAGGUUCAAAGAUGCUGAAAUUAUACAAGAAUGUUAUAUGAAAUUAAAUAAACCAGUUAAUGCUGAUGACAAUUUACAAUACACUUAUCUUAACAUGAUUAUCGAUCAUAUUUUUACAAAUUCAAAUACAGAAAAAAAUUCCAUUGCAUUUGGAAUAGCCAUUGCUCUAAAAUAUUUUGACCCCUUAAAGAGAAUUAAUAUGGUUCCAACUGAAGUCAUAGAUCGGAUGAACUACAUUCUUGAAAGGAUACAAGUCAUGAAGCUCGAAAAGUUGUGA